UGUAGUCUCCCUUAACUUUGAGUACAUUCACACACUCAAAUGGCUGUAGCAGCUUAUGCAUCUUUGGUUUCUCUCACUGAUGUUCUCGACAGUGUCCAGCUUCCUGGUCGUCGUCAUCGGCUUCAUCUGGACAAGGAACAGAUCCAGAGCUUGCACCAAAAAGUUCUCUUCUUGCAGCACUUUCUUGAACUUCAUUCCCAAAGAAUUAGCCCAGAAAUGGAAGAUCUGGCGAGACAACUAGCUGUUGUUGCCGAUGAAGCCGACGAUAUCAUUGACUUCCACGUCGUGAAUCAACUUCUUGAAAGAUCUCAAGAUAAAACUCAUCAUGUGGCUGCUCUCUCAUCCUUCUGUCAAGAUAUCGACAAAAUUAUUAAAAAGAUUGAUUCCAUCACGGAAAAGUUGAUGAUGGUUAAAGAGGAACGGGUUGACAUCCAAGAACAACCUCCUAUAGUUUCUGUGUCUAUGGGUUCUACCGCACCUUCUUCCCGUGACAAGAAUACUAUGGUGGGAUUUGAUGAACGCUUGCUUCAAGUCGUGGAUGAGCUUACGAGAGAUGAAUCUGAUCUUCGGAUCCUCCCAAUCGUCGGGAUGGGAGGCAUUGGUAAUUUUGGUUUGGAGGACGUAGGCUUCCCAACUUCAUUGAAGAAGUUGAGAUUGUCCGAUUGCGAAAUUCCUUGGAAAAAGAUGACGAUAAUUGGUUCUUCAUUGCCCAAUCUUGAAGUGCUUAAAUUGUAUGAUGCAUUCGUAGGCCCCGAGUGGAGUCCGAUUGAAGGGGAAUUUCUUCGGCUGAAAGUGCUGGUCAUUAUGAGCAGUGAAUUGUCACAUUGGGGAGCAGAGGAGAUUCAUUUUCCAAAAUUGCAUGGGCUCUAUCUAGAAGAUAUGAGGAGAUUGAAAGAGAUCCCAUUAAGCAUCGGAGAUAUAUAUACACUACAAUCCAUUCAUUUGAGAGGACGUUUCAGUGUCUCUGCUACGAAUUCGGCAGUGGAAAUAUUCAAAGACCAAAAGGAGAAAGGAAAUGAGACUCUUCAAGUUUAUGUAGAUGGGAAACAAGUCGAUGAAGAACAAGUUCUUUUAGACUCCCAUGAUGAACAGGUUUCUUCCGACUCUGAUGAAGAACGAAGUAAAAGUUUCAUGAGAGCCUUUAGAAAUCAAAUAUGAUGUAUGUGACAUUUGUGUUGUGAUGAAAUUACUUUGAAAUUUCUUUUAGCAUUUAACUACAUUUGCCGUCGAAUUGUUUUGUAUGAAACAUUUGAGUUUCGUUAUUUUUUUAACUAUAUUUUACAUUUAUUUUGUC